AGCUUCUACCCUCACCCUUGGAGGUCUCCAGCCAGUCUACUAAUGGUCAAAGCACUCCCAGCUUGUCUGCCACUCAAUUCACUUCCAGUAAUUUUUUCCCUGUGCAGGGAGGUAGUGGUUCUACUUCUAGCUUAUAUCUGAAGCCUCAGGGCACUCUGGGUCUGUAUGCCCCUGCGUCCCAUACCAAAUAUGUGAGUUUUCCCAUGUCAUCACACCCAGCUAUUUAUAGCCAGUCAAAAAGUAGCUCUUUUCCUUGGUUUGGGGGCUCUACUGGCUUUGCCUCCCAGGGAAUGAGUAGCACUUACAGUGGUUCUGUCCAGCCUCAAGGUACCACAAGUCAGUUUGCCUCUGGGUCUCCAACCUACUAUCCAAGUGUAUCACUAUCUUCACCCCAAGGUGCCUCCAGUCAGUCUGCUACAGUCCAGAGUUCACGGAAGCAGUUUGCCUCUAGCUAUGGCACCCAGUCAGGGUCCUCUAAGCCAUUCACCCUGCAGGGAAGCACCACUUAUGGUGGAUCACUCCAGCCUCAAGGUACCACAAGUCAGUUUGCCUCUGGGUCUCCAUCUUACCAUCAAAGUGUAUCACUAUCCUCACCCCAAGGUGCCUCCAGUCAGUCUGCUACAUUCCAGAGUUCACGGAAGCAGUUUGCCUCUACCUUCACAGGCAACUCUGGCACCCAGGAAGGGCCCUCUGGUCCCUUCAAAUGGCAGGAAAGCACCACCUAUGGUGGAACACUCCAGCCUCAAGAUACCUCAAGUCAGUUUGCCUCUGGGUCUUCAUCCUCCUUUCCAAUUGUAACACUAUCCUCACCCCAAGGUUCUGCCAGUCGGUCUGCUACAGUCCAGAGUUCACGGAAGCAGUUUACCUCUACCUAUGGCACCCAGUCAGGGUCCUCUAAGCCAUUCACCCUGCAGGGAAGCACCACUUAUGGUGGAUCACUCCAGCCUCAAGGUACCACAAGUCAGUUUGCCUCUGGGUCUCCAUCCUACUAUCCAAGUGUAUCACUAUCCUCGCCCCAAGGUGCCUCCAGUCAGUCUGCUACAGUCCAGAGUUCACGGAAGCAGUUUGCGUCUAGCUAUGGAACCCAGUCAGGGUCCUCUAAGCCAUUCACCCUGCAUGGAAGCACCACUUAUGGUGGAUCACUCCAGCCUCAAGGUACCACAAGUCAGUUUUCCUCUGGGUCUCCAUCCUAUUCAAGUUUAUCACUAUCCUCGCCCCAAGGUGCCUCCAGUCAGUCUGCUGCAGUCCAGAGUUCACAGAAGCAGUUUACCUCUACCUUCACAGGCAACUCUGGCACCCAGGAAGGACCCUCUGCUCCCUUCAAAUGGCAGGGAAGCACCACCUAUGGUGGAUCACUCCAGCCUCAAGGUACCACAAGUCAGUUUGCCUCUGGGUCUCCAUCCUAUUCAAGUUUAUCACUAUCCUCACCCCAAGGUGCCUCCAGUCAGUCUGCUGCAGUCCAGAGUUCACAGAAGCAGUUUACCUCUACCUUCACAGGCAACUCUGGCGCCCAGGAAGGACCCUCUGCUCCCUUCAAAUGGCAGGGAAGCACCACCUAUGGUGGAUCACUCCAGCCUCAAGGUACCACAAGUCAGCUUGCCUCUGGGUCUCCAUCCUACUAUCCAAGUGUAUCACUAUCCUCGCCCCAAGGUGCCUCCAGUCAGUCUGCUACAGUCCAGAGUUCACGGAAGCAGUUUUCCUCUAGCUAUGGCACCCAGUCAGGGUCCUCUAAGCCAUUCACCCUGCAGGGAAGCACCACUUAUGGUGGAUCACUCCAGCCUCAAGGUACCACAAGUCAGUUUGCCUCUGGGUCUCCAUCCUACUAUCCAAGUGUAUCACUAUCCUCACCCCAAGGUGCCUCCAGUCAGUCUGCUACAGUCCAGAGUUCACGGAAGCAGAUUGCCUCUAGCUAUGGUACCCAGUCAGGGUCCUCUAAGCCAUUCACCCUGCAGGGAAGCACCACCUAUGGUGGAUCACUCCAGCCUCAAGAUACCACAAGUCAGUUUGCCUCUGGGUCUCCAUCCUCCUAUAAUUGUCAUUGUGUAUCGUUGUCCUCACCCCAAGGUGUUGCCGACCAGUCCAGCCAAGCAUUUCAAAGCUAUUCUGGGUCCCAAAGCCAGAAGUCUCAAAGAUGGCAGCCUUCACAAGGUAUUCAGACCUCAGGUGCAGCUACAUCACAGGGUAGCUCUCUGUCUCAAAGCUCUCCAAUGCAGAGUUUGUUUCCUUCCCUGUCAUCAGCAGGAGGCUCAUCUUCAGGAGAUCCUGGACCGUUUGUUUCUGCACAGGGUGGUAGCAGCAGAUAUGGUGGCUUUUCUCUUCAUUCUCAAAGCCCCUCUAGCAAGUACACCCCUGGGUCUCAUGCAUAUGCCAAGCUUGGUUCCUCUCCCCUAGCUGUUUCUAGCCAGUCUACCAAUGAUAAGCGGUCAAAUGGCCUGUAUAGCUCAGACUCUCUGCGAACCCUGGGUCUCAUUGGUGUAGUUGAAAGACCCUCUAGACUCCCAUCUCAAGCUCCUUCUGACUCUACAAGCAGUAACCAAAUCUCUGAGCAUUUUGUGACCAUGCAACGCCCCACAGGUUCAAACCUAAUACAAUCAACCAUUCCUCAAUCAGCUAUACUCCGUAAAGGGCUAAGGGACUCUAUAAAACAGCGACAUUAUGCAAAGUGA